AUGUCAACAGUGAUAAUAAAUGAAGACUAUGAUUCCGAUAUAGAGAUCUUUGAACAACGCAAUUAGCAAAGUAUCAAGUUCAUACAACUUAGUUUAACAAUUAAAAGAAUAGUAGUUGCAGUUCAAAGAACAAUUACUAUAGCAUAUUCAGAAUAAAGAUUACGAUUAUAACUUAAUCUCUCCAAUUCCAUACCCUAUGGACAAGAAGAUUAAAGAUAAGACUUACAAUGCAGCCAAUCUGUUAUAAUUGAAUAAAAGUCAUGAUUUAGUGAGUGAACGAUCAUAAAUUUCAUCGAAUUAUCAAUUUCCAUCCAAAACUAGCAAGACAAAUUUAAAAGGGAAUUACCUCUUCAAACAGAAUUACUUACCAAAAACUCCAAAAAAAACAGUCACCAAUGUGACCACAGCAAAAUCCUAUUGCAAUAAGAUUCAAAGCAACUUGAAUAAUAAGAAAUCCCCUUCCAAUAUUUCAACCUGCGAACAAAAGUCAGCGAGAACUCCAGAACAAAUAAAACACUAUGUGGGUGUCCUAUCGCCCUCUCCCUAUAACUCGUGGCUGAAGAAGGAUUUUGAGAACAAAUCAAAAUAGUACAAUUUGUCAUCUUUUACUAAUAAACCUGCAGACAAGCCUCGACAAGUGAUGAAAACAGAAGUAAAUUCUAAAAUCAACAAACCGUAAGAAAAGAAAAACGUAGUUCCUACAGAGAAACCUAAGAAGGGAUUUGAACAAUGGUAUGAUUCAUAGAAGAAAUGGUAAGACUGAAUGCUACUGUAUUUUAGGUUGAGACAGACUGAGGAGAAGAUCUUCAAAUAGAAACUGUAGAUGGAGUAGGAAUUAGGGGAGUAGGAACAAUUUAGUCAUUCACCUGAAAUUCAUGAAGGCUCGAGGUAUAUUGUGCAGAAGAAAUAUAACAAUGCAAGUUUACUAGAAAGGUAGAAAUACUACCAAGAAGAAUUGCAAUAUAAAUAGUUCUAAAAGAAACUGAGAGAGGAGGAGGACAAGAAGAUCAAUUAAAUUAGAAUAAGUCCCUUCUCAAGAAAGAUUUUAAGGAGCACAUCUCCUAAAUCUAAUUGUUCUUUCACCAUUUGCAAUUCGUCCAAUCAAAAUUAUUCAACCAUAAUUAAAAAGUGAUAUUUUUGUACCCC